ACCACCGCUUCGUGUGCCGGCUGGCCCCGGGCUCCGAGCGUCCGGGCUCCGUCUCGCCCCUGUGUGACUUCAGGCAGCGCUGGGACAGCAUCGAGUCCGAGACGGUCAACAGACAGCAUCAACUGGAGUGUGCCCUGCUGGGCCUGGGUCAGUUCCAGAACACCCUGGACGAGCUACACACCUGGCUCUCCCCGAACCGCUGAGCAACUGCAGGGCCUGCAGCCAAUCAGCAUCGACCUGCAGACCUGUGAGAUAGAGCUGGCCAAGCAUAAAGUUCUGAGGAAUGACGUCAUGUCCCGGGUGCGUACGGUGGAGGCCCUGAACCUGGCGGGCCGCGGGUUGCUGGAGGCGGGGUCCGGGGACGGCUCCCACGGACUGCCCUCUCUGCUGGAGCUGCUCAAUGAACGCUGGGAGUUCGUCCGAUGUGAGACGGAGCGCAGACAGCUGGAGCUGGAGAACAACCUCAGCCAGGUGCAAGAUGUUACGAUGGAGAUCCAGGAUCUCCUCCAGUGGCUGGAGAACACAGACCUGAGGUUGUCUUCCACCAGAACAGUGUGGGGCAUGCCCGACUCAGCCAAUGAGAGGCUCAAUGCUCACCUGGAAUUGUGUGUGGAGAUGGAGUCGAAGCUUCAUGCGUACACGGACGUGAGGAACGCCAUCCACAGGAUGCUGGAGCGUAACAACGUGGCGCGCGGCUCCAGCACGGAGCACAGCAUGUCCAUCCUGGAGCAGAAGUGGACCUCUGUGAAUGGCAAAGUCCAGGAGCGCAAGGCAAAGCUUACACAAGGACUGGGCCUGGCUAAGGAGUUCCACAGCACCAUCCAGGAUCUUCUCACCAAGAUGGCCAAGUGUGAAGAGUCUAUCGCUGAGCUGCCUUCUCCAAGCUAUAUCCCGGAAAGUCUUAGUGCUCAGCAGCAAGAUCACAGGGUUCUGGUGAACGAGGUGAACUGCUACGGUGAGAGGAAGCUCAUGGUGGAGAACGUGGGUUCCAGACUGACGGACCUGAGCAGGAAGGAAGACUGCGACGUCAUUCACAACCUCAUCAUGACUGUCCAGGACCGUUACAAAAAGCUGGUCCAUCACACUGCCGACCGAGGAAAGAUUCUGGAAGAGGUCAAGAAGAACGCCAGACAGUUCAAUGAGUCUUGGCGUAUGCUAAUCGACUGGAUAACUGAAGUUGAGCAAACGCUGGACACCCAUAAAGAGAUUGCUGUCACCCAUGAGGAAAUUAAACAGCAGCUGACCGAACAGAAGGACUUCCAGAAGCUGAUGAGGUCCAAGAGGCCCAUGUACGAGGCCACGCUGAAGAACGGCCGCAGCCUCCAUGACAGAGCGAAGAGCAGCCAAGACAGACAGCAUCUGGAGAACCUCCUGGCUGAGCUCAAGGACUCCUGGGACACCAUUAACGGGAAGUCAAUGGAGAGGCAACACAAACUGGAGGAGGCGCUGUUGUUCUCAGGCAGGUUCACAGACGCCCUCCAGGCCUUGAACGACUGGCUGUACAGAGCAGAGCCCCAGCUGGCCGAGGACAUGCCUGUGGGAGGCGACAAGGACAUGGUCAGCAAUUUGAUAGACAAGCAUAAGGCCUUCCAGAAGGAGUUGGGGAAGAGAGCGGGUUGCAUCAGGACCCUGAAGCGCUCCGUCCGGGACCUGACCCGGAGCAGCACCAGCGAUGCCCACUGGCUGCAGGAGCAGAUGGAUGAGCUGGAGAGUCGCUGGGAGGCAGUGUGCAAACUGUCUGUCACAAAGCAGGACCGCCUUGAGGUGGCACUGAAGCAGGCUGAGAAGUUUGAUGAGCUCGUCCACACCUUCAUGGAGCGCCUGUCAGAGGUGGAGAGGGUCCUGAAGUACGGCAUCAUACCUGAGGAAUGGCAGGGCUUGCUUGCCUUCCGCAAACAGCAUGAGGAGUCCAUGAGUGCUCUGCAGACCCAGAAGAUGGCGCUAGAAGACAUCAGGUGUCUUGGGGAGGAGCUCCUGUCCUUCUGUCACCCGGACUCCAUUAUAACCCUGAAGUCCUGGAUCAGUGUCACCAAGACCCGCUUUGAGGAGGUUCAGACGUGGGCCGACCAGCAGGACCAGAGGAUCAACGGGGCUCUGGCAGCCAUGGAGGCGGAGAGGGAGGAGGGCCAGAGGCUCCUGGACUGGGUCUCCUCAGCAGAGGAGGCCCUCAGCCUCAGAGACCAGGACCCCCUCCCUGAGGCUGUGGAGCACAACCUGGAGGUCAUCGCAGAGCACAUGGUGUUCAUGGAGGAGUUAAACAGAAAGUUUCCGGAGGUGGAAAACGCCACAAAAUCCUGCAAGCGCAAAAGCAUUCCCAAGCAGCAGAUCUCCCCCAGCAAAAGACUAUUUAUAAAGAAGAGGAGCGCGUUGAAGCUCCAGCCGGCCCCUGCCCUCCCACUGGAGCACCUUGACCCCCAAACCCCCCAGCUCACCCAGCUGGUCAGCAGCUGGCAGAGGCUUUGGCUCCUGGCGUUGGCCAGACAGACCCGGCUGGACCAGCACCAGCUGACCCUCAUACAGAUGGAGGAAUUUGCGAAUUUCGACUUCAACGUUUGGCGCAGGCGCUACAUGCAGUGGAUCAGCCACCUGAAGUCUCGCAUCCUGGACGUGUUCCGUACCAUCGACCGCGACCAGGAUGGACGCAUCAGCCUGAAGGAGUUCAUGGAUAACGUCUUAGCAUCAAAGUUUCCCACCAACGCUCUGGAGAUGAAUGCUGUGGCGAGCAUCUUCGACACCAACAGCGACGGCUACAUUGACUACUAUGAGUUUGUCAGCGCCCUCCACCCGAGCAGAGACCCUUACCGGAGGCCGCUGGACCCUGAUCAUAUCAAUGAAGAGGUGAGUCGACAGGUGUCCCAGUGUAACUGCCCCAGGAAGUUCCAAGUGGAGCAGAUCAGUGCCAAUCGAUACAGGUUUGGCGAUUCUCAGCAGCUGCGGAUGGUGCGCAUUCUGCGCAGUACCCUCAUGGUCCGGGUCGGAGGAGGCUGGACAGCUCUGGAUGAGUUUCUGGUCAAGAACGACCCGUGUAGAGUGAAGGGUCGGACCAACCUGAAGAUCAAGGAGAAGUACUUGUCCCCAGCAGGGGGCUCCGCCAAGGGCUUGACUGUCAGCAGGUCUAACUCAAGCCUUAGUCUGUACAGCAGUGCCUCUGCCCCCACCAGCCCAAUGACACGCAGGGCAUUGCUCCGCAGAAGUUUCUCAGGUGACCGCUGCAUUCGUCCCAGGAGCUCCAUCGCUGCACUGGGGACCGACCUACAGUUUACCCCCCCAGGGCAGGACCUCACCCCCUCUCCAUGUGAAGAGGUCGAGAAGCUGCCCACGUAAUCACCUUUGACCGUGGCGCUUUGCGUACGCAGCGAGCAGCCUGCCGGAGCCGGGGCUCUGGGAACAAAGACUCUAACAGAGGAGAGCUGAAGGAGAACACACCAGUCACGUUGCACCACGAAGUCAACCGAUUGGAAGUGCUGAAGCGCCGUCUAUUUGACAAUACGUUUGGGGUGGCGAAACAUGAGACAGAGGUCACUCUUGUAUGAACGCCGUAGGGGGCAGCUUGGAUGUAAAAUUAUAUUUCCCCCCCUCAUUAGCUUUUAUAAAGUAGUUCCUGAUAUUAUAUAGGGAGAUUGCAUAGAGUAGAAUGCAUGGAUGUAUAGCAUGGGGUCGAUCAUACUCACAAACGUUCUUAUUUUGCUGUGUAGAUUAUGAACACAGUGCAACGGCAACUGACCUUUAAAACUGCCACAUCACAUACUAUUUUGUUCAUUUUUCAUGGACUACUUCGUCGGAUAAUAUUAUCCUUCCCUGCUGCAAGUUAUUAUUGUAACAUUCAGUUCACACUGAUCGAUACGACAAAGAUACCAGCAUUGUAUCUUACAGACGAGUGUCAGCUUUGAGAAACAUUUUUUUAUCUUACAUUUCCCAAACAUUUUAUUGUUGGCAGGGCCACUGUGUUUUUUUUUACUCACUGUCACUGCUGUUUUUGAUAUUUGUUUUAUAUAUAAUAUUCUGUGAGUAUUGUUUUAAAUGCUACAGAGUCUAACGAUCAAUGCACUAAAUUGACAGAGGUCACAGUUGGUUUGUAGAGAUUCUUUUCUCAGGUUGAGGUAUGCCUAUUAUUCUGGAAUCAUACACCCAGACUGUAUAUGUCUUUGCAUACUGUCUCGUUUAAUACAUGUACGGGUGUGUGGAAGGUUGAUUGUAAUGCGAUAUUUGAAAAAAAUUGGGUAAGCAAUUUGGUGUAUUUUAUUUUAGCCAUGUUGAGACAAUAUUUUGGAAGAAUUGCCUUUACUUUAACCGUCCCUCCACUAGUGCACUGUCACUCAAUAGUACUUUUUUUUUGCUAUGUCACUUUUAAAUCCAAAGCAGUACAUUUUUUCUGAUUAUCUUUAAUCAUUUAAAUGGUUAACCUUCCCGUCAUUGUCAUGUGCCACUUAUAGGACACUCUAGAGUACCUUUCAAAAUAGUGAACAUAUUCUUUACAUGUUCAAAAGGUUAUCUCUAAGUACACAUCAUGCCUAUAUAUAAUGCACCUGUUUAAAAAAGAAUGUUUAUAAUGAGUGUCUUUUGAAUAGCAACACAAUUACAAGGGACAUUUUAUAAGCAAGGUAAGAAGACUGAACAGGUCUGACGCAUUGUAAAUGUCCUAUAUCCGGAAUUUAGCCCUUUUUUUCUAUGUCAAGUUUGUACUUUCUUCUUCAGCUGGAAGUAGAUUUCCAACUGGAUGCUUGUGUAUCGAAUCAUUUAUAAUGGGGGCUAUUCUGUCUUCACGUAUGGAGGUUUUUUGGAAGUAUGUUAGAACGUUACUAUGCACAAUAUAGAACCUUCUUCUUUCAGCUUUGAUGUCAUAACGUCAGUUUACUAUAAUGUAAUAUACCGCAACCCUAUUUUAACUCUAGGGACCCUAAAUUGUCUGUACUGUACAUGUUUCUAUACCCACGAUGCACAUGAUGAAUCGUAUUUAGAAAAAACUAGAAGAAUGAUGUUUGGUCACUUGUAAACAAAGAACAAAACACUUUUGUAAUGAAACGUUGACUGUUGUAACUGAUUUGUUUAUUGACAAUGGUCGGGUGCUGAAUUACAUAACUCGGACUAGCCGGGCAUGCCUUUGGAAUAUAACAGUUACUCAAGUCACACUU